UCAGGCCAACAGUAUUGUAGAAAACACAGGCUUUUGGCAAAGGGGAUCUCAAACUUCGCCAGUGCCUUCAGCAGGGUUUUCACUUCACUUACUGCAGCCUGUCAUUAGGGUGUGACAGAAGAUUUUUAAGUACUUUUAGUGGACUUUUGUUUUGAAGAUGUGGUCGAGAAAUUAUGAAUUGAUUUAUCUCGUAACACUGGCUUUGAUUCUCAGCGUUUGUGUCUCAGGGACGAAGAAGGGAAAGCCAGGGCAUGAAGGUCAUGACCCAUACGCCAGCAAAAAGACACCUGUGAAUGUGGACGAGGACAGCUUUGAUCAAGAUGAUUCACAAGAACGCAUGCAUCAAGAAAAAGUGUUCCCUGUGGAAGUCGGUACGCAUAAAGAUGAAGGACCGGUGUAUGCACAGACUUCUGCAAGUCCUGUGCCAUUCACAACGAUGCCUAAUUCAUCAGUGUUUGAAAAUGGAAACAGCAACGACACCACAAUUCUUAAUGGUGAUCCAACAAAAAAGAGCAUUACAAAAAUAUACAACCCAUUAUAUCCUAUCACCGAUAGCUCUUACAGUGCCUAUGGGAUUCUGUUUCUGGCUUUUGUGGUGUUUGCUUUUGGAAUUGUGGGUAACUUGGCUGUUAUGUGCAUUGUGUGGCAAAAUUAUUUCAUGAGAAGUGCAUGGAACUAUUUACUUGCUAGUCUGGCGUUUUGGGACUUCUUGGUGUUGUGCUUCUGUCUGCCUGUGGUGGUCUUUAAUGAACUUACCAAUAAGAGACUUCUGGGAGAUUUUUCGUGCAGAGUCGUGCCUUACAUAGAGGUAACUUCACUUGGUGUUACCACCUUCAGCCUGUGCGCUCUGGGUAUUGACCGCUUCCACGCUGCGACAAGCUCCCUGCCAAAGACCCGGCGGGUUGAGCGUUGUCAGAAGGUUUUCGCUAAGCUGGCUGUGGUGUGGAUCGGUUCCAUGCUGCUUGCAGCACCGGAGUUACUCCUCUGGCAGCUGAAUCAGGUGACAUCACCAACACUGGGCGUCGAGGUGGACACCUGCAUCAUGAGCCCAUAUCCGGACCUACCAGAAUCCAUUUACUCUCUCAUUAUCAACUACCAUGACGCACGCAUGUGGUGGUACUUUGGCUGCUACUUCUGUCUGCCUGUCGUCUUCACCUUGCUCUGUCAGUUGGCCACCUGCCACAUGUCCGGUGAGAGCGAAAGUUUAACCAAACGGCCUGAAGAGAGAUCCCCAUCCAAAAAACAGAAGCUUCAGCAUGCUCUGCAGGUCGAGCGACAGCUCAACUGCACGGUCAUGGCCCUAGCAGUGAUCUAUGGAGUUUGCACGCUACCUGAGAACGUUUGCAACCUGACCCUGGCAUAUGCUCCCAUCCAGGUAUCCGAGGAGGCGUUAUCUCUGCUGGCCCUCAUAAACCAGUUUUUCUUGUUCUUCAAGUCGUCCGUGACGCCUGUGCUGCUGCUUUGCCUGUGUAAGUCACUGGGACAGGCCUUUAUGGACUGUUGCUGCUGCUGUUGUGAGGAAUGCCAACCGAGCAACUCUUCAUCCACCCAAAAUCUUACUGAAGGCAAGCUCAAGACCUCCACCGACGUGUCCUCCAUUUUUUUUGACAAGGCCAAGGACAGUUCGACCAUCUUGUCUAUCGGAAGCUGAGUUGGUGGUUUUGUCCCUGACUGAUGUGAUCAUGAGAUGACAUGGAACCUCAGCUACUUUCGACCAGAAGUGGCCAUCUUUAGUUGUUUGUUGUGUUGGAGCAAGUUAGCACGCUUUUUCAAAUCUGAGCCCUUUUUGUGUUCUAGUUAAGGUAUCAUUUUUUUGUGGGAGAUCAUCAUUGAGAUUUAGACUCAACACAUAUAUAUUGCAGGAGUAAAUCGUGCGGCUGAAGUUUUGUUCCAUUUCAUCUCAGGAUUGCUUAAUGUUCUUAAAGGGAUAGUUCACCCAAAAAUAAAAACUCAUUUACUUUGCCUCAUGUCUUACCAAAUCUGUAGGACAUUUUUCUUCUGCAUAACCUUAAAGAAGAAAUUUGGAAGAACAUUGGUAGCCAAACAAUAUUGGAACAAAAUGACUUCCAUAGUAUGGACACAUUUCUCAAAAUAUCUUUUUUUUGUUACUCCACAGAGGAAGAGUCGUAUACAGGAUUUGAUUGACAUGGGAGUGAAUAAAUGAUGACAGAAUUUUUGCUGAACUAUCCCUUUAUGUCAGCAGCUGUAUCAAUGUCAUUUUUUCGUAAAGCUUCCCCACACUUUUAGUCCAACUAUAAUGUAUAUAGACAAUUAUACAUUUUAGCGUGUUUAAAUAUUUAUAUAUGAGAUCAGAAAUGCAGUGAAUACUUCCAAAUCACAAAUAACACAUAGGAUCAUAUGUUCAUAUAGGAAACUUGCAAUAUACAAAGCUUGGUAUGGCUGGAAAGUGUAUGCCUGUUAUUUAUCACUAACAUUAACAUUUUUCACCAAUUUCUCAUAACAACUUAAAAUUUGUCUACACUGUUAAUUGUCGACUUCUGUAUAUAUGCACUCCACCGGCUUAGAAUUUAAAUAGGUUUCUGAAAGGAAUCACCAUUGUCAGUUAUGAAAAGACAACAUCUGAAUGGACUGUCUCCUCAAUGGACUAUUGUAACUUUUGCACAUAGACGCUUUUAAAAGGACAUACUUUAAAAAGUCUAUAAACAGUUUUUAAAACAUAUAUUCAAUAAAUAGCUUUAAAUGA